UCAGGUCCUGGCUUAUCACACUUCUUGUCGAAAACACGAUUUAACGAUGGAAUCGUAGUUGAGACUGAAAUUUGAAUCACGUAUUCACGUAGUAUUUUCCUUGUAUUUGGACAAAAUGUAAAAUCUAAUUUUUAUUUUAUACGAUAAACAUUCGUUGGUUACCUAUUUGUGCAUUAUAGUAUUAUUGUGUAAAGAGGAUGCUGCACCCUAACAAACACAUAACAUAGCAGCAAACUGUGCAUUCUGAUUAAUCUAUUCAACUCAGGUGUGUUUAAUUUAAGAUCGAAUUGACCUUUUAUCAAAUUUAGAAUUGCAUAUUGUGUUACCAUGAAUUCCCUCGAAGAGGAAAAAGUAAACAUUUUUAAAGCUCGAGUAAAGGAGAAGAUUCGUUAUGAUAUAAAUGUCCAUCGUGAGCAACACAAACAAACACUUUUGAACUCGAGGCGAGGAGUUGUAGUUGAGAAAGAAGAUAAUGAGUUUACUAUUGAAAACAUGCAAAAUUUGGCACUAGAAAUUAAACAUAAAAAAAAAAUUACUUCCGAACAAUUAAGACUAUUAAAACAUGGCUUUCUGAAUGGUGCAGACUUUAUUUCAGUGUUUUACCGUGUUCAAGGGGCCGUUGAUUCCUUACUUCAUCUUGCAACUGGUAAAAAUGAAGAAGUCCAGUUAGCAGCAAUUGAAUGUUUUUGUAACAUGACCAUAGCAGAUAAAAAAAUGUGUUUUAAAUUGACAAAAUUGAUUACGCCAUACUUUAUGAUGUACAUCAAUCAUUUGAAUUUUAAUAUAUCAGCUAUGUGUAUCUGGACUCUUGGAAAUUUGAGUGAUUCUAGUCCAGGUGCAUGCAAAGUGCUUCAAAGUCAAAAUUUCUUUAAUGCACUGGUUGAUCGCUUACAAAGCUCAUCUUGUGAUGAAGUUAUUUUCAAUACCUUUUAUGCCUUAAGACUUUUUCUUAAAAACUAUAUGGAUCAUUUAAAGUCUGAAGAUCUAAAUAAGUUGCUACACGCGUGUCUUCAACGGUUGAAUAUGUGGAAGGAAUCAUUUUGGAUAGUGUAUCAAAUUUCUUGUUAUAAUAACAUUAAUUUGCACCAUACAGAAUGUAUGGGACGUAUAUUGGACACCUUAAAUGAAGAUAUCAUCGAUAUAACAUGUUUAGUACCUAUUUUAAGAACAUUUGGUAAUAUUAUAGCUCAUGAUGAUACUGGUCAUUCAGCAUAUGUAUUUUUUUAUGCAUUACUACGUGAAGAAGGAUCUAUUAUAAGAAAUAUUUUAAUUAGUAAUAGAGAUAUCAAUUUAAAUUAUGAAUGUGCUUGGUUGUUAGGUAAUGCUUUUAAAGCAUUAAAUAUUACUGAGCUUAACGGAAAUGACCAUUUGACGCAGACAGAAACCUUUGAUGAAAUUUGUAAUUACCUUUUGGUAUAAAUUUAUAUGUGCUGGCAAUGUCCAUAAAUAUGAAUUAUAUAUUGAUUUUUUUCUUAAAUUGUUAACCUAGUUAUUAAACUAUGUAUACACAUACUGUUUACUGUUUACUUUUUUUAUUUGUGUAUGCAUUUUUUUAUUUUUCAAACUAAUUAUUAAUUAAUGUCUGUAACA